AAACCCGACCCGUAUUAGAUUGAAAUAGCGCUAAAACCCUCCUUGUCCCCUAAUUCUCCGUCGCUGAGUUCCGUUCACCUGCAAAAUGAAUUCAAUGGCUGCUAAACUUGUUAAAUUGUUGCGCUGUUCUCCAGCCGCCAGACCAGUGAUGGGUGUGCAAGGAACCUCUAGGUUGGGCUAUUCAACUGGUACAUAUCAUAGUGAUGGUGAUGAGCCUGCAAGUAAUAAUGAAGCUGUAGAAAUUGAUGAUAGUGAUUUUCUUCCCGAAAAACCUAAUUUGCAGCUGCAAGGUGUGGACCCCAGAAAGGGUUGGAAUUUUCGGGGUGUGCACAAGGCUAUUAUAUGUGGCAAAGUCGGGCAAUCUCCUGUGCAGAAGAUAUUGAGAAAUGGACGGAGUGUCACUAUUUUCACAGUUGGAACAGGUGGCAUGUUCGAUCAGAGAAUCCCACAAGACAAAGACUUGCCUAAACCUGGACAGUGGCAUAGGAUCGCGGUGCAUAAUGAAAUGCUUGGGCAAUACUCCGUUCAGCAACUUACCAAAAACUCCUCAGUCUACAUUGAGGGUGAUAUUGAAACCAGAGUCUAUAAUGAUAGUCUCAGCGGCGAAAUUAAAAGCAUACCAGAAAUUUGUGUGCGCAGAGAUGGGAGGAUUCGGCUUAUAAAAGGUGGUGAAAGUAUCAGCAGUAUCUCAAUUGAUGAGCUCCGAGAAGGAUUGCUGUAGAAGCUCGUUGGUAAAUUGUCAAAAUACGGUAGGUGUUUGGGAGCGGAAGGUUUGGGGGAGUUGAUAGAGGGGGAGGAGAGUCGGGACCUAUCGUCUGAAAUAUACUCUGCAGAACACAAAACUUGUCUUAUUUCCAUCUGUAAGUUGAAUAAUUUGAGUUAUUAAUUUGCCUUCAACGACUUGUGUCCAUCUUCUUGAUUGUAUUCUGUUAAGAAGCAGGAAGAGAUGUUCCUUCUGGAUCCACAUUAUUAUUUAGUGGGUAGUUGCUUCAUUCGCCAAAGCUGUGCAAAAUGUUGUUUGAAUGAUCGAAAUAACUAUAGAUGAAACUGUGAAAGAAUAGGAAUACUUGGAAUGAAGUGGUGGCUGCUGAUUCAUAGGUUAUCUUUAAUCCCUUUCUAUUGUAUGAAGUUGAUACCAUGGGUUACUAGAUGGAGUGUGUGUUUAUUGUAUAAUCUUCAGCAUCCAGUAAACUAGUAUUAAGUAAAAACCUACAUUCAUCUUGUUUUUGGUAA